UUAGAUUACAAAAACGACAUUCUUGUGUCAGAGCUCUGCCUUAAAACACCAAUUAUUUCCAAUUUUACAUUUCUUGCUGCGCAGUCGAGUUGACAGUCUCCCAAUUUCAAUGGUGAAAUUUAGCCCAAAAAAUCACUUCGACCAACAAAGCUACUUCUCUCUCUUACCUGUUUCUUUUUCCUUCAAAUGCUCGCUCCUGAGCAGCUGAGCUCUCCAAAGUCUCACUCUUCUCCAAUGGCCAAACAGCUUUUUCGAAAUAAUAAUAAAUCGUCUUCGUGUUUCAGUGAUGUCUUUCUCUAUCUUGGUGGUGCUUUGCUUGCAUUUUUACUCCUAUGGUCUCUUUGGUCUUAUGCAUCUCCUGACGUCGCCGGUAAUUUGGGGCACAACGUCACUGAUUCCAACUUCAAGCUCGAUUCCAGUUCAAAAAGUUGUGUACAGGAGCACCCUGCGGUUGACCUCCGGUACGACCCCCCUGAUACGACUUUCUACGACGAUCCAGCGCUCAGAUAUUCAAUCGAGCAGCCUAUGAAAGAUUGGGAUCAGAAGAGGAAUGAGUGGCUGAAGCAUCAUCCGUCUUUUGCACCCGGGGCUCGUGAUCGAGUGGUUAUGGUGACUGGAUCGCAGACUAGGCCUUGUAGAAACCCAAUCGGCGAUCAUUUGCUCUUAAGAUUCUUCAAAAAUAAAGUGGACUACUGCAGACUCCAUGGCUAUGAUAUCUUCUACAACAACGUGCUUCUCCACCCUAAAAUGCACACUUUUUGGGCGAAACUGCCGAUGGUGAAGGCAGCGAUGCUGGCUCACCCAGAGGCAGAGUGGAUCUGGUGGGUGGACUCGGACGCGUUAUUCACCGACAUGGAAUACAAACUCCCGCUACGCCGUUACGAUUACAAGAACCACAACCUGGUGAUCCACGGCUGGGCGAAGUUGAUAUACGAGGAGAAGAGCUGGACUGCGUUGAACGCCGGUGUAUUCCUGAUCAGAAACUGUCAGUGGUCUAUGGAUUUCAUGGACAAGUGGGCCAAGAUGGGCCCAAUGAGCCCGGAUUACGAUAAGUGGGGCCAGAUUCAACGUUCCUUAUUCAAAGACAAGCUGUUCCCGGAGUCAGACGAUCAAUCGGCUCUGAUUUAUCUGCUGUACAAAGACAAGAGUUUAACAGACAAGAUUUAUCUAGAAGGAGAGUAUUACUUGGAGGGGUAUUGGUUAGAGAUAGUGCCGACAUAUAAUAACAUAACCGAGAGAUACACAGAGAUAGAGAGAGAAGACGGGAAAUUAAGGAGGAGACACGCGGAGAAGGUGAGUGAGCAAUACGGUGCAUUUAGGGAGGCGCAUUUGAAGGAAGCAGGGAACGGGAAAGGGAGCUGGAGGAGACCGUUUAUAACGCAUUUCACUGGGUGUCAGCCGUGUUCUGGAGAUCACAACAAGAUGUACGAAGGAGACAGUUGCUGGAACGGAAUGGUGAGAGCCUUGAAUUUCGCCGAUAACCAGGUGCUGAGGAAAUAUGGGUUCGUGCACCCUGACUUGCUAGAUUCCAAAACGGUGGUGGAGACGCCGUUUGAUUACCCUGAAGAAGGACCAUGGUAAGAAACCAAUACAAAAUUUGCUGGAAAUAUAAAGGGAUUUUCUGGUUCAAGGUAAAACAAGUUGCCCCUCCGAAAUUGGAAGGUAAUUCUCCCUAAAUUUUUGGCUUGUAGUGUAAUUUCUUUGCUCAUGAAAUGAAAUGUUUUAUUGAUCAACCUGAAAAUACAGCUUCUGAAAUUAAAGUAACAAGAGAUCGAGAAAUAGAAGCGGUGGCUGUGCUAGAGCUUUUAGGGUGUUUCCUAGCAAUUUGUUACUGCAGCUCUCUUUCUUUUUGCCAUUUUCUACAA